AUGAAUGAACGAUUUCAGAACGGAAAUCAACCCGAAGUAGAUGACGGCACAAAUAACACCAAGAUAACAGAUCCCGCGACAACAGAUUCACAAGCUCGCAUGUAUGGCAUGGGAGUCUACUAUGAACUUCAUGACCUUCCAACCUUAAUAGGCCAAGAGGACGAGUUGGUCAUUUUCGGAGACGGAUUGCACAGCAUCUCUGAGGUGUGGUUACAUCCUUCACCGACAUGUGAACUACCGAAAGAUAACCGAUCAGUAGCUAUGACUAUUGGACAGACUACAAAAACAUUCAUCGUUGCUUCUUUAGCCAAGGAAGAAGACUUUCGACCCGAAUGGAUGCACCCAAUUUUCUUGUGCACGGAACCCGAAGCGAAUCCGUCCGAGUUCCGAUCGGUCAUUAUUUUGGACACAUCUGACCCCUGGCUUCCACUACUUAUAGUCUUGUACUUUUGGUUCCUAUUGAUGAGUGCACUCUUCACUGGUCUCAACCUUGCGCUAAUGUCUUUGGAUCUUGACGACCUCCGCCGUAUUCGUGAGUAUGACGAGAACCCAAAGACACGACGCUAUGCGGCUAAUAUCAUUCCGAUUCGGGAAAAUGGGAACUUCAUGUUGUGCACGAUUAUACUUGGUAACACAAUUUGCAAUGCGAUUUGUGUGCUGACGUUUGAUCGAAUGACUCGCGGGCUAGUUAUGACGCUUACUGAGCGAAUGAUUUUUAUCAACAUCAUUCCAACGUUAUUCAUCAUGUUUUUUUCUGAAGUAAUCCCUCAAGUUAUUUGUACCAAGUACGCCCUACCAAUAGGAAGCCGUUGCCGCCAUCUUAUGGUAUUCUUCAUGGUAUUAACAUUUCCAGCAAGUUAUCCACUAUCAAAGCUUCUCGACUAUGUUGUGGGGAAAGAGAUCCGCAUGACGAUAGAUCGCCGAAUGUUGGGCGAUUUGAUGCGUCAACAGCAGCAAAAGUACGAGACUGUAAACAUGGCCGAUGUGCUGGAAAAUGCCAUGAAUCUUCAAGUACGACGAGUCCGUGAUGUAAUGACACCGAUCGAGAAGAUUAUUGGAGUCUUGAACGUGAAAGAUUUGCUCUUAAUCGACGAUUCACUAGAUCUUCAUGUUGGUAUCAUAAUGCAGUUAUGGAAUCGAAGUACUCUGCUGAUGCUCGAACUCAAACGAGGUUUUCCGUUAGCUAUAGUGGUCGACUACUUACACGAUGCAAAAUGCUACCAAGUCAUAGGUAUAGUUACAUUGGAAGACAAUUUGGAAGAGGUGAUUGGCGAGAUCUACGACGAAAAGGAUCGUGCUAUCGAAGAAAACAUUGAGAAAGUGGAAAGAGCUAUACCGCAGUCAUUGCCGCAAUCCGAAAUUCAUUUAGCACCCGAGCUAACGGUGAAAAUAGCCAAGAAGAGAAUGGUUAAAAAGGCUUUGGAGGUUUGUCCGCGUUUGGAAGUCAUCACAGUAUUUCUCGAAGGUCGAUUUGCCAAGAUGGAGCAUGAACAGCUUCAAAAAAUGUCACUGUUGCUGUCUCGGUCUCUAUCCUAUCGAUGUUUGUAA